AUGUUGACAGCAGACAAGAUCACUACCAACACGCAAAAUUUCAAUGAAAUGCUGAGAAGGACUAGCAGUAGGUUAAGAGGGGGUUCAGUCCCUCCACCAGAUUCUGAUAUUGUCGUUCCAACUGCAACACUUGAAAGUCGUCGUGGUCGAAGCAGAGGACGCGGCUGUGGAAAUUCAACAGUCUCCAAUAGGACUAAUGCUCAAACGCCCACCACACCAGUCGUUACUUUGACGGUACCCGGUGAGGAAGGAAAUACGUCGACCAACUCAACAGCUGUCAUCGCUCCAACCAAUAAGUCGCCAAACAAUCAAGACGUACCAUCGACGCCAGGAACUUUGGUGUUACACUCAGGUGGUUUACUGUCAAGAGAUAAUAUAGAUAAUGUGCCAAAUUUACGUUCCCCAACACGUAGAAACAUGGUCGCAGAAACGGGCGAUAGUCCCCCCCGCGGUUUCCAUUCCUGGUUGAAAGCUAAAGGCCUUACUGUUGUCAACAACCAAUCUACUCCAAACCAUGCUCUCAACGGCAUGUCUACUGCUCUAGCUAGUUCAAUUGUCACGCCAUCACGGGUCGCUGCGCCAGCCCAAGAGAAGGAGAAAUCGAUCCUGAAGAAAAUGCCACAACAAGUCGAUUUGACCAAGGACGAUGAUGAACCUAAAGCUGCAGAAAUGAAAAAAGUGGAAGUAAGCGAGACUGGAAUAGAAGUUGACGGUUUGGUAGCCUUAUCACCCUGGUUCGAUGCUAAGAUGAAACCAUUCGAGGGAUACAUUCCCCUAUUGAUUUUCAAUCCUCAGUGGUUACGAUUAGACCUAGUUCGCCAGUCCCAAAGAGUCAAGAAAAAGAAAGACAGUGAAGACGAUCGUUAUACCGGUCUAGAUGUUCCUGAUGAAUGGAGAAUGAACUUUGGAGAAUGGAUAUCGGCCUUAGACCUUUUUGUUUCUUAUAUACGUCACUACGGACACGGAGAUGUUGCUGAUAAGUUCGUUAUUCACCGAGAGAAUGUAAUGGCGAUUAAAAGAGAGUGGGCAUCCUGGAUCGUGGCCUUUAGAUACAAUCAAGCCAUUUGGUCGACGGUUAUGACCUUUAAGAAUGCGGAUGGCAAGUUAGCAAACCCCGCUGUUCGUGAUGAAAAUCGAGAAAGAGAAGCUCGAACCGAAUGCCAACCAAAAGCCAACAUUCACCCUAUCACCGGUGAAUAUCAACCGUUCAAUCACCAGAAACAAUACCAGGUCGCGAAUUCCUCUAGUCACGCUCCUCAUUAUGGCAAGCCCAUUGCCCGGUCCUGGCAACAUGCCAACCAUUAUCCACCUCAACCUUUCUAUGAAGGACCUAACAACCCAAGCUACCAACAAUACGACGAUAGAAGAGGUGAUGGGAGAAACGUGAGGGGUCGCGGUUGCGGAGGAGGCUGGAACGGAGGUAGUGGUGGUCGUGAUAGUGAAAGAUACGGUAGUGGUCGAGAGAACGAUCGUUUUGCCAACCGAAGAGGAGAAGGUGGUGGUUCUUGGCGUCAGGAUGACAGACGCGACGACCGUAGAGGAGAGGCAAACGGCCCUAAGUACGGCGGAAACAACGGGAAGGCAAAGUAA